AUGGCUAACCGACGGCUCAAGCAUAUUCUCAGUGGACUUACGCCUUCUGAACAACCGAUUGGCGUCCUCCGACUAGGGAAAAUCUCACACGACAUCUACCCCGCGGCGGAGCCGAGUCGCCUGCCACACACGGAGGAUGCGCUACUGGACACCAGCGACGCGUUCAACUUGGACAACCUGCAUUUUAUGCUGCAGAAGUACCUGCUGGGCCAAGACAUCUUCCUCCUCUCACAGCCCGGUCCAUACGCCCGGCGGCUGGCCUUGACUUUCUGCAGGCUAAUUAACUCCGAAUACGAAUUUGUCGCCCUUCACCGUGAUGUGGGUGAGACGGAGCUCAAGCAAGGGCGCGAAAUACGCGCCGGCGGCAAUCUCGUAUACGUCGACAGCGCUGCCGUCCGAGCCGUCAAAUACGGACGCGUUCUCAUUCUCGAGGGCGUAGAGAAGGCCGAGCGUGGCAUUAUGCCGGUGCUCAACAACCUGCUCGAGAACCGAGAAAUGAACCUGGAUGACGGGACACAUAUUGUACACCCGCAUCGAUAUGCCCUCCUCGACCACGACGAAGCAGGUGGCUCAGCCUUCAUUCCUGCGCACAAGAAUUUCAGGGUCAUAGCUAUCGCAGCGCCGGUCCCGCCGUAUCCAGGAUAUCCGCUCGACCCACCUUUCCGCAGUCGUUUCCAGGCGCGCUUCGUGGAUCCUGUGGGCUCACUUCUGGCCCUCCCCACUGACAACGCUCCCAUUCCAGCAGGGGAUAUAUACCAGAAGUUGCGCGAUAUCAUCCUGUCCACACAGAUUGCCAGCGAGUCCCGCAACACUCUGGAUGCCGUCGCGAAGUCCUCCCUUCCGGCGUUUCCGCAGACCUCUCUUUCGAAAGCGCGAGCGCUCCUCUCGGCGUUCCCGCCUCAAGAGAGCCUCUCCUCAGAACAACUGGCCCGGCUCGUGCUCUCCCUGCAUCCAGCGCUCGUACAUAGUCCAUUCAUCGCGUGGGCGAUGCUAUCUCACCAGUUCGAGGACUGUGGACUCGGGCCUCUGGGUAGCCCGAACUUGUCUGGGAACGAAGACGACGUAGGACUCCUGGGGUAUCGACUCGUCCGCAUCGAACGCGUGGAUGACCAGUCCGCCCGACUUCACUUCGAUGCGCCCUCCGGCUCAAGCGUGGCGCAUGUCGUUUCCGCUGGUCCCCACCCGUACAUGCAUUUCCCAUUCUCCAAUCCGGAGAUGCUGGGCUUCGUUCCAAGCGCGCGGUUCAUGGGCCUGCUUACGUCUCUGUUGCAGGCGCACGCUCUGGGCUGGGAUGUCUCGUACGUUCCGUCGGCGCUCCCAUCAACCGCCUCUUGCUCGACGUCGCUGCUCGUGCGCACGUUCUCCGCUCUGCUAGGGUACGAGUUAGAGGACGUGCAUAUGUACAAGGAGCUCGGUGGUAGGGAGUUGAUCAUGCGCAGGAAGGUCGAAGAGGGCGGCGCGACUACAUGGGAGCCAAGUCCUCUCAUUGAGGGCGCAUGGCAAGGGCGGUUGGUGCAUCUUUCGGGCAUGGACGUUAUUGGCUCCACGGCGGGGUCUCUGGCUCGCCUCACCCAAGAUCGCGAGGUCGAGCUGUGGGAGAAGAAACGGAUUGUUAGGCGACUCCUCGAAGGCGAGGAGCCUUCCUCCGAUCUCUCCGUAGCUCACCGAUCCUUCCGCGUGAUCAGCACGGCGUCGAAGUCGCUGCCGCUCAAGGACUGGCUCUCCGACGAGCACGCAAACAUGUUCUUCGCGGUCGCUGCUCAGCCAAUGUCGCAGGUCGAGGAAUCACACAUCCUCCUGCAGACCGGAUGUCCUGCGCCCAUCGUGGAUAAGCUGCUGAUGUUCGCGGAUAAGUACCGGUCGGGCAUGACGUCCGACGCGGUGCAGAAGAACCGCAAGCUCGGCACGCGUUCGCUCAUUCGCAUCGCUCGCCGCGUUGCGCAGUUCCCCGCCGAUGACGAUUUGUACACUCUGUUGAGCCGCGCGUUAUUGGCGGAGUUCCUUCCGCCGACGGAGUUGAUCAACGUGCAGAACAUCUUCGAAGAGUGCGGCAUUCAGAAGCGCACCCCUCCCUUCAACCCUCCCCCUGAGGUGCGAGGUAGCGGACUGUUGUUCCCUCCGCCGACGGGGGCACAAACGAACAACGUACCCCAAACGAUCAUCCCGCGUUUCGACGCCGCUCAAGACCCGACGGGCGCGUCGCACGUCCCGCACAUGGACAGCUUCUACGACAACAGCCUGCAGACAGGCUUAAUGCGCGACCUGGCGAUAGACUUCGAGGUUCUCGGCGAGCAUCUUGUAUUGUUGGGGAACCAGGGUGUUGGCAAGAACAAGGUUGUCGAUCGGUACCUCCUCGGACGGCCCCGGGAAUACAUCCAGCUCCAUAGAGAUACAACAGUAAAUCAGCUAAUGUUCCAGACAGUCCUAGAGAACGGCAUCAUCAAGUACACCGACUCACCCCUCCUGCGCGCGAUCACCCUCGGGCGGGUCAUCAUCAUAGACGAAGCCGACAAGGCCGCGGAGCACGUCGUCGCCAUAUUCCGUAGUCUUGCUGGGCAUGGGCAGCUCACGCUCGCGGACGGUCGACGUGUGCGCGAGACGAAAGAGCGCGAGGGCGACAUCGUCGUGCAUCCCAACUUCCGCCUCAUUCUCCUAGCAAAUCGCCCUGGAUAUCCAUUCCUCGGGAAUCACUUCCUUCAGGUGCUUGGCGACAACUUCUGCUGCCAUGCGGUCACGAACCCCGACAUGGCGAGCGAGCGCAAGCUGCUGUCUCAGCUCGCGCCCCAGCUCAGUGAGGACCUCAUCCUCCGCCUCGUUGCGGCCUUCCACGAUCUCCGCAAAGCGUACGAGAGCGGGACCGUGACGUACCCGUAUUCACUCCGAGAGCUGCUCAACUUGGUGCGGCAUAUGCAGGCGUACCCGGGAGAUUCCCUGGAGGCAGCGUUGCGGAACGUGUUCGACUUCGACGUGUACAAGCCAGAGACGAUCGCGAAGCUGGGCGCUAUUCUCGACCAUCAUGGGCUCGUCGUGAAGAACUUGGGUAUCGGCGCUGCGCGGGAAGCUGCGCAGAAGAAGGUGCUCGAUAUCAAGUUCGAGCCGAAGGGCGACACGAGCUUGUCCGAGCCCAAGCUCGGUAAGGACGAUCCGGAGAAUAACCCUCAUACUGGCGGGAACACUUGGUCGGGUGGGGUCUCUGAUGCGCUUAAGAACGACGUCCCUGACCACGUCAAAGAACGUGCACGAGAAAUGGCGCGCUUGGAGCUGGCGCGGCGGCUUGAGGAGCUGAACAUGAGUGCGGGCGAGGCCAAGGGGUAUGGUGCCCUUUUCACCGCAGUCGAAGGUCACAUCGCGUCGUUGCACGAUCUGCUUGAAAAUCUCGCUGCCCGAGAGGAAGAGCGGAUCUGGGUGAAACGGCAGACUGACGGAGAGCUCGACGACGGUCGGCUCACCGAGGGACUUACUGGCGAGGCCACCGUAUACAAGCGGCGAGGCAUGGCGAAGCCCGAGAUGGGCAGGCCCCAGCUCAAGCCCAAACGGAUUCGGUUCCUCUUCGAUGUCAGCGCGUCCAUGUACCGCUUCCAAUAUGACGGCCGUCUGAAACGGAGCAUGGAGACAGCGGUAAUGAUCAUGGAGACGUUCGACAGGCUCUCACGGAAGGAGAAAUACGUCUGGGAUUCCGGAGACUCGGCUUCGAUACCUCUUGUCGAAGCGGGCCAAGAGCUGGAGAUCAGAGAUCGCUGGAAAGUGGUCGACAAGAUGGAGACGAUCACUCAAUACACCUUCGCUGGUGACUACACGCUGGAGGCCAUUGACAAGGCAGUGGUAGACAUCGCGCAGUUCGACGCAGAUGACUGGUUUGUCAUCGCAAUCACGGACGCGAACUUCGCCCGCUACGGGAUCACCGGCGAGGAGAUCCAGCGGGCCAUGAACCGCAACCCCAAGGUGCAUACCGCGCUGAUCUGCAUCGGCGAGGGUGCCGAGGCGACCUGGAUCCCGAAGAACUUGCCUGGACGCGGGUACCGGGUGGCGGACACAGCGGGCAUUCCUGCGGUCCUGCGGAGUAUCUUGUCGACCAUGGUCGACCACUGA